AUGCAUGAUGCAUGGGCAAGGGUCAUGCGGGUUUCGUUCCUUUUUUCCCUCCUUGUAACCGCCUGUUCUCCUUUCCUGGGCUUUUUUUUUUUUUUUUUUUUUUUGCUUCUGCUCCUGGUUCGCCCUUCCCGUGUGCCCCUGCGCGGGCAACAUGCUCCCGUCCGUCAAACAGGGCUCUCACACACUUACGGUGAGAAGGAGAGGCGAUGGCGCCCAAUCAGGUGGACGUUAAAGAAGCAGAAACAGAAGCAGACGAAGAAGAUCGAUCGAAGAAGAGGACCUCUAGUCUCUUUGCCCCGCUCCGAGGAUGGGGCGCCUGGAUAUCGGCUCCUCCGUUCUUGUUUUGAGUGCUCCCCGGCGCUUGAUGCUGCAGUCCUCGUUCUAUAUAUAUUCAUGCCCUUGAUAUAUAUACGCCCGAACUCUUCACUGCAGGCGGUGGCUCCUCUACCAAGCUCCAUCAUCCCCAUCCCUAUUAUCACCAUCGUCUCGACCUAUAAGGCUGUCAGCAAGGCUUCGAGGUCGAGCUUCAAGCCGUUAAAGAGGGAUCUUCCAUCUUCUUCAGAUAAAGAGUGUAAGUGGGCUCAUUCACAGUAUGAGGGCGGAGGUUUGAGGUUUGAGGUUGAGGUUAAAGACGUUUGUCUGCUGACUCUGGCAGAAGAAAGACAAGACAGCUACAACGUCCGACUAAGCAUCACCAACCUACCGGCACCAGCCAUCAUGGCCGGCCUCACAUGCCAGACCCAAGCAAGUGAUGGCGGCAUCAGUGAAGACAAUGCUGUCUCUUCUCCUUUUAUCUACAUACCCAAGACUCAGAAGAAGCUGAACGCCAGCUCGAAAGAGGACUAUAUAACGUCCUUUCUCUUCGAGGAUGAGCGCCCCUUUGAUGCCUCUGUCGGAGAUGAAACAUCCUACUUUCCGCCCUUCCAAGUGACAGACUUCGAGAGACAGACGGUGACAGACCUGGCGUUGCCCAGCAGGACGUACGCGGCCACCGGGAGCCCAGUAUCAGCCUUCUCGAUGUCCAGCGCAGACGACGAGGACGUCCCGGAGGUGCAGAGCUUGAUCAGGCCGCCUGCCACCACGGCUACCCCUACCGCGGCAUCAGCGCGCAAACCAAGCGAUGCGGGAUCCAGAGCAUCUUCCUUUUCUCUAGAGCGUCGAAGGACAUCGAGAGGACAGGCAUCUUCGUCUUCCAGAUCUACUUCGUCGACCAGACCAAGGCGCAGCAUGCAACAUCUUCGCGGCAGAUCGGGGGCAGGGCCAGGGACUUAUACCAACUAUACACCCUCUCGGUCAGACAUGGGCAGCAACUCCCAGCGUAACGAGCGAGAUCUCGUUGCCCUCCACCGUGAAAGCUGUCUUCUUUUCAGCCAGAUGGGGCCGUAUAAAGAGCUAUCUUCGUCUCCUACAGACCGUAACUCCUUAUCGGCACGCCACUCCCACUCACAUGUCCCUACCGCAUCAGCGAGAUAUUCUUCUUCACAGCAGCCUCAACACUCGGCUUCUGCGUCUCCGCUGCUCCGGCCAGAAAAUACACCUACUUCUCCAUUCCAGUCUGAUGGAGCCCCAUCUCCACUCACCCAUCAGUCUACGUGGAACCCCAUCCAUGACCAAACAAACAACGUCUCUUCACCACCGCCUCUCCCUAAGACAGUAAUCGACUGGACGUCUCCCUCAACCAGACGGAGGGAAUAUGAAAAGAUUGACCGUGCUAGUCGUGGGAUCCGUGGUGCCUGGAGGAAGUUUGCUCCCCAGUGGUGUCAGAGUAAAGAUGCUCGAGCCCCCUUUUUCGAAGAAUGCAAGGCCGGUCAUGCAAAGGACGAUGGCAGUGUGAGGCGGUUCCGCAUGGAUAUCCCAGAGGAAGAGGAAGCCGAUAAAUCUGCCGAUCAGCCGCCACGUCAAGGACUAGGUGUGUUGAGAAAUGGACUCGUCUCAGCAUUGACUCGACUCAAGCUAGAGAACGAGACCGCUCAGCCUGUCAAGGAGAAGUCUGCUCCUAUUCCCACCAAGCAAUGGCGGCCUUUUAUCAACAGACGUAAUUCGUCAUUGGUCUAG